AAUCCAAUGCCAUGACAAGACAGAAGAUAAAACGGAGACAUAGCUGCCAUAAAAGUCUUCAAACUGAAAGUCGAGAUUUCCAUCGUCUCUCAUCUCUGAAACUUAAAGCUUUUACCGGGGACCCCCAAAAUGGAAACUUGGUUCCUCUUCCUCCUCACUAUCUCCAUUUCUCUUCUUCUCAAAGCUUUCUUCAACCUCUUAUUCUCUUCCAAAAAGCUUCCCUACCCUCUUCCUCCAUCUCCUCCUCCCACUAUCCCCUUCAUCGGCAACCUCUUAUGGAUCCGCAAAUCCUUCUUUCAUAUUGAACAAAGCCUCCGCCACCAUAGCCGAAGCCUUGGCCCUAUAGUCACUCUCUAUAUCGGUCGUCGUCCUUCCAUCUUUGUCUUCGACCGUUCUCUUGCUCACCAAGCUUUAAUCCAAAACGGUUCGUUGUUUUCAGACCGACCCAAAGCUCUCCCUACUAGCAAGAUCUUGACCAGCAACCAACAUAGCAUCAACUCCGCUUCUUAUGGACCAACAUGGCGGCUCUUUCGUCGGAACUUGACUUCGGAAAUCCUCCAUCCUUCGCGUAUAAAGUCGUAUUCUCAUGCUCGUAAAUGGGUUUUGGAUAUUCUUAUUGAUGCUUUACAGCAAAAGGCUAAAAGUGGAGAAUCAGUUGAGGUUUUGGUUCAUUUUCGAUAUGCUAUGUUAUGUUUGUUGGCUUUCAUGUGCUUUGGUGAUAAACUUAGUCAACAACAGAUUAAAGAGAUUGAAGCUCUUCAACGAAGGGCGGUUAAUGGUUUUGGACGAUUCGGUGUGCUUAAUUUUUGGCCUAGAGUGACCAAGAUUUUGCUUCGUAAGCGGUGGGAUCAGUUGUUUCAGUUACGCAAGGAACGUGAAGAUGUGUUGAUUCCUUUGUUAAGAGCAAGAAAGAAAGGUAAAGAUGAGAGAUUAAGCAAUAAGGAAAGUGAUGAUUAUGUGUUGGCAUAUGUUGAUACUUUGUUGGAUUUGGAAUUACCAGAGGAGAAAAGGAAACUUGAUGAAGCUGAAAUGGUCACUUUGGCCUCAGAGUUUAUCAAUGCUGGUACUGAUACAACCUCCACUGCUUUGCAAUGGGUUAUGGCAAAUUUGGUGAAAUACCCUCAUAUUCAAGAGAGAUUGUUGGAUGAAAUCAAACAGGUAGUGGGAGAUGGUGUUGAAGAUAUCAAAGAAGAGGAUUUGCAAAAGAUGCCUCAUUUGAAAGCAGUGAUUUUGGAAGGGCUAAGAAGGCACCCACCAGCACAUUUUGUGGUGCCUCAUUGUGUGACAGAAGACACUAUCUUGGGAGGAUAUUUGAUCCCCAAGAAUUCAAAUAUCAAUUUCAUGGUGGCAGAUAUGGGAUGGGAUCCAAAGGUGUGGGAGGAUCCAAUGGCGUUUAAACCUGAGAGGUUCAUUGGUGAGGAAGUGUUUGAUAUAACAGGGAGUAGGGAGAUUAAGAUGAUGCCAUUUGGAGUAGGGAGAAGAAUAUGCCCUGGACUUGGCUUGGCAUUGCUUCAUCUUGAGUAUUUUGUGGCUAAUUUGAUUUGGAAAUUUGAAUGGAAAGCCAUGGAUGGUGAUGAGAUCAGCUUGGAGGAGAAGCAGGAGUUUACCAUUGUGAUGAAGACUCCAUUGAUGGCCCACAUCUCACCAAGGAAGUGUUAAGUUAUUGGUCUUCUACUUGAAAUAUUGAUACUUAACCUUUGUUUUUUUUGGGAAAUUUGAUAUGUAAAGAUGUCUGUUUUCUAAAUUAGUACUUUAAAAAGUAUGUUUCUCUUAUAUUUUCUAUUACAUGUAAAAAAAACCUGAUGGCCAAUGAAACAACGCCACUUGGACUGAUUGUCAUGAGUAAUGGUAUGCCUCAUAACUUAUUUUGAA